GGUUGUCAUACAAAUUAAAUGUAAAUGUUGAAAAAUAGGUCCCUCUCUGUAAACCUUUUUGACUCUUGAACAUAUUCCUGUCUUCUGUAAAUGCAUUUGGUGAUGCUUUUUCUGAUUCUUCCAACACAAAAUGACCAAUCCCAAGACUUUCUUGACAUUAAAGUAAAGUAGCCGUCUAAAAUGGGGCAAAGUAGCUUUACUUUAAUCCAUCUUUUAGACAGAAACAAUCAAAUUUCACUUGCCUCCUCAUCUCAAAGACUCUGAACAUGGGAAAAAUUUGGGUAGAAAUAUGCUUGAUUUCUGCUAGGGGACUCACAAGAACUUCAGCACUAUGGAAGCUCCAAUGGUUUGCAGUUGGGUGGAUUGAUCCCGACAACAAGUAUUGCACCAAAGUAGAUGCUUCCGGGAAUGCAAAUCCCACAUGGAAAACCAAGUUUUCUGCUUUGAUUGAUAACUCGGAUUCAAGAUUCGAAGAUUUGGCCCUGAAUGUUGAAGUUUAUAGCAGAGAUCCUGUGUUUCUGAAAGAAAAACUUCAAGGGACUGCAAGUGUUGGGUUGAAAGAGUUUCUUGAUAAGCAUAAGAACAAUUCUGAUGAAUUGAGGCGUGUUGAAGAAGUCGGAAGUUUUCAAUUGAGGAAGAAGAAUUCGAAUAAACCGCAAGGAUUUGUUGAUGUUUCAAUUCGAAUUUCACAAGAGAUUGACGGGGGUAGUAACUAUGAAGGCGAUGAGGUGGGUAUCAAGCUUAGGGUUCGUGACGAUGGCGUGAACUUGCCAUCGCGAAUCGGGGAAAACCAUCUGCAGACCCAGUUGCCGCCAGGACCAAGCUACCACCAACCACCACCGCCGAAUUAUCCUUCAGCGGGAGGAUUCAACCUUCAACCACCACGUAUGCCCUCGCUAGGACCAAGCUACCACCACCACCAACAACCGCCACUGCCGCCGUCGCAGCCUUAUAAUGCUGGCUAUAUGCCACAAUCGUCUAUAGAUAACUUACCAGCAAGUUACAUCAAUAUGCCAUCGUCAUCGGGAGCAAGACCUGGACCAAGGGUUGGACCUGGUUUUGGGAUGGGGUUGGGUGCAGGAGCGUUGGCAGCUGGUGCAGUCAUUUUUGGGGACGAUUUCGUUUCAGGGUUACUGCUGAGGUGGAGUGCCAAGUGUAUUUCUAGGCUUUGGUGGCAUCUGAGGGGCACUCGAACCCUUGACCUCCCAUUCACAUUAAACCUGGAUUUGGAUGAGGUGAAACAAAUGAAAAUGGAAUCUCACGAUGGUUGUGAAGUGAUCGAGCUUGGGAAUAUGUUCACCAUACAAGUUUCUGACCACCCACAAGAAACAUCGAGCUUCAUCUUCUUCUUUAAAGACCAGUGGUUCCCUGUGGUGGAACUGAAGGGCAUGCCAACUCAGAUGCCACCUCAACUAAGAAGUACACUUUGCACUCCACCUAAGAAGUUACUUGCUGAAAACGCUUCAAUCGGAGUUCGAAUCAAGUCCACCAGCUUGAAUUAUGCCAACUACCUUCCAGUCCUCGGUAAGUAUCAAGAAAAAUUUGCCUUGCCUUUUGUUCCUAGAUCUCAUUACUCCGGUGUUGUCGAAUCCAUCGGUCCUAAAGUCACCAAGUUCAAAGUCGGCGAUCUUGUUUGUUCCUUCGUCGGUGUCGGCUCUUUCGCCCAAUUUAUCAUUGCCGAAGAGAAGGAUUUGUUUGGAGUUCCUGGUGGGUGUGAUAUGGUGGCUGCCGGCACACUUCGAGUUGCGUACGGAACAUCUUAUGUGGCACUGGUUCAUAGGGCCAAUCUCACGUACACAUUUCAUAUAUUCUUUCAAUUCACAUCUAUUAUAUGA